AUGGUGGAGAAUGUGACCUGUCUGGAACUGCAGUCUCGUCGUGUCCCUGCAGAUACUUGGUUUGGCUUCGGCUUGCGUGGUCCAGCCACCCGGUAUGCGUCAUGUGUGGCGUCUGCAUGGAGCAAACGUUUGAUGGUACUCGCGCCGGAUCAUGGUGUCCGUAAUGCGGGGCACCGUAUCUCCUGGGGUUGCAAGGAUUGUUAG